CUGCAUAACCCCCAACCAAACAUACGUUGUGAUAAGAUUGGUAUGCACAUAGCCCAUCUCGGAAGAUGAGAUUUAAACUUAUAUGCGCUUAACUCAUCUUCUUAACCAAACGACUCCCUAUUAUUUUUUAAAACUAUGUCGACCGUCGUCUGGUUGAGUUUGAGCAGCUCUAUUUAAUUCCUCAAAAUUUGUUCAAGCACAAACAAAAACCCCUAAAUCUACGUCAGAAUUCUUAAAUUUUACUCAAACUCUGAUUUCCACACCACAACCCUUUUGCCGCUCACUCUCGUCGAUUUAAUUAUACUCUUCUGCAGUGGGUUCGAGUUAAAGUUGUGUGUACGCCUCAGAAAUUUGUGAAUUUGGUUAACUCUGAAGCAAAUUUGAAGCUUUUGGUGCACCAUGAACGCUACCAUUAUUGACCCGCUACAGGGUGACUUCCCUGAAGUGAUAGAGGAGUAUUUGGAGCACGGCGUUAUGAAAUGUGUCGCCUUUAAUCGCCGUGGAAACCUUCUUGCUGAACCGUUCCUACUCUGCUAUUUGUUUACUAUGUUCUGGCCAGCUGGGUGCUCUGACGGAAGUUGUAUCAUAUGGGACUUUGAAACCAGAGUCAUUGUUAAAGAAUUCAAAGAUAAGGAAUGCGUUGCCGCAAUAACAAGUGUUUGUUGGUCCAAGUAUGGCCACCGCAUACUGGUGUCAGCUGCAGAUAAGACAUUGAUUCUUUGGGAUGUUGUCAGAGGAGAGAGAAUAGCUCGAACUGUCUUAAAACAAACGUCUUUGCAAGCUCGUUUGCAUCCUGGUUCAUCUACUCCGUCAACUUGCUUAGCUUGUCCUCUUUCAUCGGCCCCCAUGAUCGUCGACUUACUCAAAGAAACCACAAUUGUGCUUCCUGUGUCAUUAUCUGAUACAGGGAAUGGUGCGACCCCUCCAUUACGGAAUAAAUUUUCAGAUGGAUCUGCUCCCUUUACACCUACUGCUGCAUGCUUCAACAAGUAUGGCGAUUUGGUAUAUGUAGGAAAUUCCAAUGGAGAGAUACUGAUAAUUGAUAGUACAAGCAUUGCAAUACGUGCUAUAGUUUCUGUCCCAGGCAGUGCAGUUAUAAAGAAUAUUGUAUUUGACAGAAGUGGACAAUAUCUUCUGACAAACUCAAAUGAUAGAAUCAUCAGAAUCUAUGAAAACCUUUUGCCACUUAAAAGUGGGCUUGCUGCACUGGAUAAAGCAAGCCAUGAGCUUGCUGAGCAAGAUCAGGAGGAAAAGCUAAAAUCUGCAGGUUCAAGGUCCCUGGCUCUUUUCCGAGAGUUUCAGGAUUCAAUCACCAGAGUGCACUGGAAAGCACCAUGCUUUAGUGGCAAUGGGGAGUGGGUUAUUGGAGGUUCUGCUAGCAAAGGAGAGCAUAAGAUCUAUAUAUGGGACAGGGCUGGGCAUCUGGUAAAAAUUCUUGAGGGUCCAAAAGAAGCAUUAGUAGAUCUGACAUGGCAUCCUAUUAAACCUGUAGUUGUUUCUGUCUCCUUGACUGGCUUGGUUUAUAUCUGGGCAAAGGAUUAUACUGAGAACUGGAGUGCAUUUGCUCCUGAUUUUAAAGAGCUUGAGGAAAAUGAGGAGUAUGUGGAACGAGAAGAUGAGUUUGACUUGGUGCCUGAAACAGAAAAAGUGAAAGAUUUAGGUAUCAACGAAGAUGAAGACAUUGAUAUUUUAAACGCUGAGGGAGAUUCUGCCUUCAGUGAUUCAGACAUGUCGCAGGAAGAAAUACGCUUCUUACCCCCUGAUCCAUGUCCUGAUGUUCCAGAGAUGGAAGAUGGGCUUGUUGUAAAUACUUCAAAGGAGGGGGAAAUCAGUGAGACUGAAUCACCUUUUUCCGAGGAGGCAGGGCAAAAUGGUCAUCUAACAAAUCAUGAAUCCAGUCCCCUUGAAGAAGAUACAGGAGGAAUGCGCUUAAAAAGAAAGAGGAUGCCUUCAGAGAAGUUUAUGGAUUUUGAAACAGAAGAUAUUAAGAUGCCACCAUCAAAGUCAAAACCAUAAUGUAAUUUGCUUGGAGCUGUAUGAUGUCUUGUAGUUUGAAGUUUCUAGUUUUAGUAUUUCUGAAGGGUGUUAAUUUUCGUAUCAGGAUUUAAGAUCUUGACCUGCACCACACCUUCAAUUAUUGUCUACUGCUUCCACAUAAGGCUGGAUGCUUCUUAAAUUUGAGAAAAAAACAGCAACACUUAUAUUUUGAAGCUAUGUCUAUCAGAAUAUACAUCCAAUGUGCUCCAAUAUAUUACUAUCUAAUGCAGUUUCUUUUAUCUCUUUA